GUUUCCCACCGGCGGCGGGUGAAGGAGUGGCCGCGGCGGCGGCGGCUGCGGGAAGAUGGCGGUGGCGGGGAAGGGAGCGGUGGUCGCGGCGGUGAAGCCGAUUUUCAGCCGGGACCUGGGCGAGGCGAAGCGGCGCGUGAGGGAGCUGUACCGGGCCUGGUAUCGCGAGGUGCCCAACACGGUGCACCUGUACCAGCUGGACAUCACGGUGAAACAGGGGCGUAACAAGGUGCGGGAGAUGUUCAUGAAGAACGCCCACGUGAGGGAUCCACGGGUGAUAGACAUGCUGGUUAUUAAGGGAAAAAUGGAACUUCAAGAAACCAUUCAGGUAUGGAAGCAGAGGACUCACGUCAUGAGGUACUUCCACGAGACGGAAACCCCACGACCUAAAGACUUUCUGUCCAAAUUCUAUGCGGGCCACGAUCCCUGAGAGAUUGCUUCCGUGUCUUCCUGGCUGGUAUUACAAAUAAAGUUCUAUACAGUAGAAAAAAAUCUGUAUGGAAAGAUUGCAUAGCAUAUUAGGGGCCUGAUGUCUAAAUCUGAAUCCAGAGUGCAUGCAAGUCAUUAUGAUCCGUAUGAAGAACUGUGAUUUCCUAGUUUUGCUAGUGUGUAUUUUCAGCAGGAGUUUGUCCCAUCGCUUGCCAUGGAGUGUCCACAGAAUAAGCAGGACACAACCUGGCUGUGGGGCUUUCUGCUUAGCCUGCAUCUCUGUGGAGGAAAGAGCAGAAAAGCCAGUGACUACACUGGUAGAAAUAUUCUUGUGCUUGAGGCCCGUCUGUAUUCAUGCAGUGUUUUGCAAUUUCAUGCUAUGACUUUGUUGACCUUGUGUUUUUCACUUGGACGCUAGUCUCUGUUUACUUCCUUGCAGAGAAUGGGAUAAAAUCCAAUAGGCUGAUAAAGCCCUUUGUGCAAUAAAAAGAUCAGCAGAGUCCAUUUCCCUGCUGUAAAGUGAAAUUACCUGGGGUUUUGUAUUGUUGUCCAAAAUAGGGAGGCUGAUGCCUAGCAGAAGAUGGUGUCCUACCAUCAGCUCCUUAAUUGAAUCGGGAAUUACUAGCUCCCUUUUGAGAAGGAUAAGGAGAAUUUUUUCUUUCACCAGUCAGAAGAGGUUUUCGGCAGGUAACUCAGUGCAGGAGCUCCCUGAUGUGUGAUCAGUAUUGAGUUUUUGUAUUAUGCUUAAACUUCUUUUUAUCUGUGCCUAAAUACCGGGGCUUUCUCCCCGAUAUGAGGACGGUAAAGCAGCACUCCUCAGGGAUGUGUACGUGUAUGUACCUAGGGGCUUUGGAUCUGGGGUGUUUUUGAGGACAGGGUUGACACAGCCAGGAAGGGCUGGAAGAGGUGGUGGAUAAAGCAGUGAGAAGGCAUUUGGCAGUAUAGAAAACAGGAGCAGAGAUGUGAAGGAGGGGUAGCUCAGAUAUGGAGUGAUUCAAGAACCUUCCAGCUGCCUUCAACUCCAGCUGUUGGGGUUGCUCAGACUGCAGGCUCCCUUUUGUCUCAGUAGCUAAUGCUGGAGAGUGACAGAGCAGACAUCAAAAGCUGUGCCAAAUAUUAAGGGAACAAAUCUGGCUGUUUGAACGACACAUCACGCUAAUGCAUGCAAUAUUAAAAGAAGCUUUCUAACAGCUACAUGAAUACUGAAGGAAAAGUGGGCAGUCAAAAAAAAAAAAAAAAAGAGG